AUGUGUGUGCUAGUUGAAGGAGAGAAGUCCCGCCAUGUUACUGCCAGGGAGUACCAGCAAGAGGCUGUGGAUCUUAAAUUAACAGACAGACUCUUCAGCAAUCUUGGUAUACCGUACGGGGAAUCUACCGGCGGUGCGAACAGAUUUCGGAAGCCCAUCCCAAAGGCGCCCUUAAACGAAACGUUUGACGCAACACAGCCGCCUGUUGGGUGUAUUCAAGGUCUUCGCGCGAGCGAGGAGGCGAACAGGAACCUGGGUAGCCUUCCAUACCCCGCAGAAGGGCUUAGCACGUUUGGUGAAGUCAUAGUUGUGACGAUCAACUACCGUGUCGGUGCCUUAGGAUUUAUGCGAACACACGAUGGGCGAAUUCUCGGAAACCUUGGUCUAUGGGACCAGCAUUUGGCUAUAAAAUGGGUUCACGACAAUAUCGAGGCUUUCGGUGGAGACCGUCAUCUUGUGACGUUGUUCGGACAAUCUGCCGGAGCAGCCUCGGUUUCACUUCAAGCAUUGUAUCCCGGCAACAGGGGCCUAUUCAAACGCGUUAUUGCAGAGAGUGGCACUGCGUUAGCAUACUGGUCGGUUAAUACCGAACAGGAUACUGACAUACAAAAAUUUAUCUCAAUGAUCGGAUGUGAUGGCAACGCAAUAAACGUCUACUCCUGUUUGCGUGCACUGCCAGCUAAACAGCUGCAAAUCAGUAAAACAUCAAAUGACGUUACAAAAAUAUUACAUCCCGUAGUUGAUGGCGAUUUCCUUGCGGAUGCUCCCCACAAUAUCGUCUUUGGGAACGACUCAAAAUCUAGCGAGUCGCGUGACUUCUUCGCGUCUCUAGAUAACAUGACUGGAGUAAAUAGCUACGAGGCAGCAUCCUACAUCUUUGGUGUGUGGUCGAAUAUUUUGGAUAUCACAGAUUUCAACAAUUUCUCUUUAUCAAGGGAGACUUUUACAAAGACCGCUGUCACUUAUGCAUUGCAAAACCUAUUUGGAAUCAAGAAUAAUGCAACAGUUGACGUUUUAAGGAAGUUGUUAAGCUUUGCUUAUAUUGAUUCGGAACAUAAUGGUGAUCUAGAAGUCAACACUAAAGCACUUAUUGAUUUUACCAAUGAUUUUACGUUCUUCUACCCGGCCAUCUUCAUAGAAGAUACACAUACGAAGUCUAUUAAGCCAUUUACUAACCCCAGCCGUGUCAUUGCAGUCCCUAUACCCACGCCGACAUGGGUCAACGGGCCGAACCAUGCCGACGAAUUGAGGUACGUGUUCGGCAUUCCGGUAUACGACACUUACAGGCUGGAUAACACUACAGCCGACGAUGUCAUGAUCUCCAAAGCAAUCAUGACCCUGUGGACAAACUUUGCCAAGACGGGCAAUCCAAACACGCCGGCAUCGGCCGCUAACUUCAUGCCGUCUCAGGAAGAUUGGUCCCAGUUUGACAUCGACUCGCAACAGUAUAUGUACAUGAGCAACCAAGAGUUUUCUAUGAGGUCCCAUUUCUUAGCCCGUCGAAUGGCGCUGUGGUAUCAACUCGUGUCGUACAGAAGACGGAGUAGCUACGUAUGUGACCAGUGUACGGGAAACCAGGGCUUACCAGUACCACCGUUGUAUUCUGUUUUAUUUGGUUAAUGCAAAGAUCUAUCAAUGAAAAUAUCAUUGAUAGAUCGUUGGUUGUUUUUUUUGUUUGUGUUUGGAAUUGUUUUAUUGAAAUUAAUUUUACCAGUUGAUUGGGAACUGUUUGUGUGAAAGACGCACUAUUUACUAAAACGAGUAAUGCGUUUGAAAAUACACGUUAUUGAAGGUUAUAUAUUUUCCUUAACGAUUUCGAAAUAUAUUUUUGCACUUUUAGGGUUGUAAUAAUAAUAUGCGAUCAAAUACUUGGGAAUCUCCGACGAAAUACCCAUUUAAAAACAUAGGUGUAAACAACACUAUUCUAAGCUUUUCAAUAUCGAACGCUCAUUAAGGAAUACUUAAAAUCCAAUCGCCUGUUUAACACAGACUGUAAACUGAAUAUUGUAAACAACCCAUUUUGUUUGGAUUUAAAUAAUCUGUAUCGUGCGGAUACGUUGUUAAUAUUGCAGGAUAAGAUACUACUAGCUUAUAAUACUGAGUGAUAAAUAUAACAAUCCGCACAUGGUGUACUUUAAAUCAUUUAACUAAUAAAAAAUAUGCAAGAAAGGUCGACUGCUGCUAACGACGCUUUGACCGCGAAGGACAGCAUACACUAAUAUCUCGGUACAUGUACCUUUGAUGCGUUGUGGUUGCGUACAGAACUGUGAGCUGGAAAGAUCAGUAGAACUGAGAUCAAUUUCUUUGAUACGUGUUCGAUUGACAACGCUCAUUUAAUAUGUAAAGAGGAAAUAAAUAUUUAGAUCUACACGGGAAUGUAAACAUUUCCUCAACGUGUCACUGAGGGCCUUACAAAUAUAAAUGUUGCGGUAGAACCUAGUGAAAAUUUUUUGUAAUAAAUCAUGUCUUCGAAUUCAAAAAUCCAAUUGUUAAAAGAUGCAAUCUACAAAAAGAUAACGAGCACGGAGGACGUAUCGGCUUUGCGACAAUGCCUCGAGAAAUGUGAACGCGCCGCUCUGUUGUCGUGGGUGGAUGACAAUGGAUACGACAUGCUUCACCACACCAUUCUCGCAAACAAUGUCGAAGCGGAGGGCAUGUUGUUCGCACUCGGUCUUUUCAAAGCCCCGCACGAACCAAAGCUUUAUUCCUACCUCCACGUUGCAGCGAAUCUGGGGAACAGGUCGAUAACUGCGAUGCUUUUGCAAGAACGACCCGGCGAUUUUUCGACAAAAAAGAUGAAAUUCAAAUGGCUUAAACCUCCGACUGAAGUGCCGUUUGUGUGCGUCCAUGGAACGAGUAGCGUGACGUCAUUAGAUGUGGCGGCUGAGUGUGGUCACGUAGGGUGCGUUAAGACCAUACUGGACUUCUCUUCCGUGAAAACACGCUUUGAAUUGGACGCUAAUAAUUACCUUUCAGGUGCGUGUUCGUGCAAUUCCCCCAAGCGCCCUGAGGCUACUUCUAAAGCAGAAUCCGGCAACCGAUGAAGUUAAGGACGCCGUCGGUACGGCCUUGAAACUAGCCAAUGCCGAGUGUUUGGACAUGCUACUCAGCUGCCGGCCCAAUCUAUCCACUCUGUUUAGUGGCAUGAAUCUGUAUCACGUGCUUUACUCAUAUAGCAUGUCAUUUAAGAAAUAAUGGUACGAGUCGCUACUGACUGUUACAUCCGUGUUACUGAAACAUCGCCAAAACCCGCUGUAAACUAUUCCGUUCAGAACAUACCCCCUCUAUAGUCUUAUAAGUCAUGUACCCGCCUCCAACUUCGGCCAAUCUUCGACAUAUAUGACCGCGUGUAUGGUCGUUCUCCUAAACGCUCGAGUGGAUCCCAACUUUAACGAAGUCGAGUACGAAACUAAAUACGAAGCAUUCAACAUUCAAACAGCCUUUGGUAGAUCGGCAUUCCCUUCCUCACUGCACUGUCUGUAUGGAAAUGUCCGCAAUUUGAUACGUCACUUUGACGAAGAGACUACGUCCGUUAGACGUUUUGUUACCAAGGCGACCGAAACUUUGCUUAGACACGGAGCGGAGCCAAAUGUCAUUGGUCCCAUAGAAGACACGCGUUUACACGAAAACGCUUUACACGCAUUUAUGAAAAUGUGCAUUUCCCUCGGAUUGGAUGAACGCAGUAUAACGACUUUCCGACUUCUUAUUCAGAAUGGCUCCGACCCUAACGUUGAAACGAACGGUAUAUUCCCGCUGAAUACAUUUGUUGAAGAAAUACUAGUGAACUGUGACAAAUUUGAUAAACUUUCUAAACACGACGAGGUUGCAGCUACAGAGUAUGUAUCUGAGGUUCUGGCGACGGUAUUGGAUAGCAUGUCACAGAGGUCGAUUUCUAGAUCAUCGAAAUACCAGAUUGAUGGCAAACCUUCUAACGCCAUUCAGCGGAAGUUGUACAAGAUGUGCAGGGACGAAAUGUCAAAGCGCUCGUUGUGUGUGGACGGACUAAAAAAGUUGUGUCGACUGCAGAUUUUGGCUUCUUGUAAGUGGCGAUCUACUCUGGUGGUCAAGUUGCCCAUUCCUGUAGCUUUAAAGAAGUAUAUCAACAAUUUAACAUUACCUUGACACUUCAUGGGACUUAAAACAACGUUAUAUAUUUGCAAAUGUUUUGUUGUUAAAUUAUUACAUCAAUCAGCUGUUUUUUGUACGUGUCUUGUUCAAUUAUCAUGACUAUUAAUAAUCCCGCUAGAAAGUAGAUGACAAUAAUUUUGGAGGCGGGUGGUGUUUGAAUGUUUUAAGUAUAAAGAAAAUGACAUAUACACAUGGAAUGUUCAGUGGCAGAUAUAAACUUGUAAUGCACUUU